AUGGAUGCCAUGGAUUCGUCUUUUGCUGAGCAGCUUUCUGCUGCUGAGCCCCGUGCCCUGGUGGGCAAUGGGGACCUGGGGGAGCACACUGCGCAGGAAAGAAACUCGGAGGCGACUGAAGAGAGGCCUUCCACGCUGUUAAAGCUCAAGAGGAAAGGACGAUUUGCGUCUUCGGUUCUCCACGUGCUCGCUGCGACCAUCACAUCCUUGGCAGUUGUAUAUAUGCUCCUUCGCUGUUUCGAGAAGAUUACCCUUAGCCACGGACAAGGUGCCGCGGUCAGGCUGUUGGCUACCGGAAGAAAUGGUUCAGAAGACGAGUGUGCAAGAAAUGAAGGGCCGGAAGGUGAUGAAGGAGUAGGAGACAACAUGCAAAGUACCUUACCAGCUGGUUUGGGGGGGAUGUACCCAGCACAAGGGGCCCCGCCCAUGGGGGCCCCACCAACACCUUACUACCCUGGUGCACCUUGGGGAGGAGAAAUGCAUUCAGCACAAUGGGGACAAGAAGGGAUGUAUACUGGGGAAGAGGAAUGGUAUCCUGGAGCAGUGGGAGGGACGACAGGAGCGGAUGGAACGAUGAUGGAAGCAGGUGCCUCAUCAACUGGUUUCGAGUUUCCCGCAUAUCCAGGGACGUCGGGUCAGCAAGAUCCCACAGCGCCCUAUUACGAGGGUGCAGCUUGGGAAGGGGGAAUGUAUGGAGCAGAAUGGGGAGCAGAAGCAGAGCAUGUUGAAGCCUAUGGAGGUACUGAAGAAGAGCAGGAAAUUUCGGUGGGAGAUGUCCAGUACACAGCAUGGAGCUCACAAACUGAAGAGGAAAGAAUUACAGUUCCGCGUGGAGAUCCCGAGACGGAAAGCGAAGUCGCGCAAGGGUAUUGGAUAAAUCGGCAACUUCCACCUGACACCGAAAAACAAGCCGAAAGAUUGCUGGACAAUAUUGAAUUUUUUGCUGGGGUCUGCUCAAGACUCGCGGAGCACGCCGGGAUCCGUCAAAUGUUGCGGUUUACAGCCGCAGUGAUGAAAAUACUGAUCGUAAUGCUAGCUACCAUUUCGCUAACCCCGGACUCUAUGGAACCCCGACGGGAAAGGGCCGGCCGGGCCAUACUGCGUCUAGCGGAUCGCGCUCUGGAGCUGGCCGGCACAAUGCCUGAGAUGCUGCGCCACCGAGAAGAAGUUCGUAUGUUGCGUUCGUUUGCGGAAUGUGUCAUGCGUCCACGACCGCAUGGAGAAGGUUUGCCCCCAUGGAAGUUCAAAAAAAAGUCCAUUGGAAUAUUGGGCUUCAAUACAGUCGUGAACUGGUAUUUGACGGGGAUUGUAUUGGGAAUGCAGUAUCACUUGCAUAAGCACGGGCGUCCUCUACUAAAUGAAUUCGUAGGGGAACAAAUACGCCUAUUGAACAUUGUACAGCGGCAUCUGCUUGGUCGUAUCGUUCCUGACGGUGGAGCACGAUGGUUUCUUGAGAAGGCUCAGAUUGAACUACAAAACACGUAUUUCUUUUCUCGCGAACUGUCGAGAAGGGCCAGUUGCAAUCCAAUCGGGAGUAGUGCAGAAUUCUCCAAGGGCCUCAAGGAAGAGAUUAAACGAGCUGGUGGCCUUCCAUACACGGCAUUAUUCAAAGUUAAAUACUUAGAUGACAUGGCUACGACGGGCGUGCAGGUGGGCCGUUAUGGUGAGAACGCGAUGUAUUUUACCGAAGGAGAAGGGAGUGACGAAAUGCAUAUAGCUUCAUUUGCCAGCGGUGACGAGCAACAUGGUAUUUCCGAAACGCCAGCAAGUCGUCCGCAACCCAUGGAAGGAGCAAGCGGCCAAACUGCCCCUGCGUCCGAAUAUUUUCAUGGUGCGCGCGGCGCAGGCACAUCAUCAGGGAGUUGGCAUUCCCCUUGGAUACAACCGCAUGACCCUACAGCUGCUCCUCGGCAUUCCUCUCACAUGCAGCAAGGUGCAAGGCCGAAACAGCCGUUGCCACAUUUGCAUUCCAUUCCCGAGUCAACAGGAGGACGGUACCCGCUGCAGCCGCAGCAUACUGCCAGCCCAUCUACUUUGCCCCCCACAACGGGAGCUCAAUUUUCUCGUGGACACCACCAGAGAACGGACGUUCCAGUUGCGCCUCCCUCGUGGGAUCCUUCUUUAGCAGGUGACGGCCGUGGUAGGGAGGGAAGUGCUCUUUCUUUCAAGACGAUAGACUUGUCGCACAGGCAUGGAGAUCUUUUGCGUGUUCCUCCCUCAGCUCCUUGGGACGAUGCCAGCAGUGAGCAACAAACGGGAAUUUCGCGUCAACAGCCCUUGCUGGAAACUGCUGCUUCAGGUCUUGGGUUCCUUGGUAGGGUUGAACCUUCAUUUAGGCACCCCCAGGAGAGUUCAAUCCCAAGUGUACAACAUCCUGCGCACCUUCCCUCUGACGAAUAUGGUGCAGUGGAUAUGCGUGUUCAUUCCCAGCAACAGCCGGCUCUACCAUCCGAUUCACCAGGUGCCCCGCUGGUUCAUGGACCUCAGCAGGUUCCUUUCGGAGUAGAACGAUGGGGCCAUUACCCGCCCAUGCAACAUACCGGACGAUUAUUGCGGCCUCCUCCAGGGCUACGUCACCCUUCUGAAACCGGAGCGGCAUAUCAAACUGCCGAUACACCUUCGCUACCGGCGUCUGGAUUCGGAGGCUAUCUUGGGCCUAGUACGCUUCGGGCCCCGUUGCCGCAAACACGGGAUAGCUCUUUACCUUCAUCGUCACAACAUGUUCCUCGUCCGCCUCCUGGCGCAGGGGAUGAACCUUCCUUGUCUUUCGGCCCUCGAUUUGAUUUUGACCACUGGACAUCUCCACUUGUAAGCGCUUCUCAACCGUCUUCCACGCAACCUGGCGGCGGAGUUCCCCAUACUUCGCCACAGCCAUCUAGCGGUCCUCCGGGUAUUUUCCCCCAGAGCUCCGGAGAAACUGGAAGCUCGAGCGGGAUCGGCUUCGCAGGCCCCUUGAGUGGGUACAGAAGCCGACGGCCAUCGGCUACCUCACUGCCACCCAUAACGGAGCCGUAUGGCCCGCCUUACCCGCAACAGCAUCUAUUUAUGCCACCAGCUCAUCACCAUGAAGUCGCGGGAGAAGACGGGCAUUUGCAAGGUACCCUUGACGCGUUGGCUUCAAUGGACAUUAACAGGGAUGAGGAGCCCCAAAAGCGAAGCUGA